AUGGUCAACUUUGGGAACCCUCGUAUGACAUUGGGGGAGAAUAUCUUCACAUGUAUCUGUUUCUUCUUCUAUGGGUUGAACUACUUAGUCUUCUUCAACGGCGUUGUGAAUGUCGGUGACCGACUCUUCGACCAAUUUGACUAUAACUUGGCGUUCAUGUCGACGUACCCGUUG